CUAAAGGGGAAGGGGCGUCGGGUAAGACUAACGGGACAGCAGCCUCGGGUAAGACUAAAGGGGAAGGGGCGUCGGGUAAGACUAACGGGACAGCAGCCUCGGGUAAGACUAACGGGACAGCAGCCUCGGGUAAGACUAACGGGGAAGGGGCCUCGGGUAAGACUAACGGGGAAGGGGCCUCGGGUAAGACUAAAGGGGAAGUGGGCUCGGGUAAAACUAACGGGACAGCAGCCUCGGGUAAGACUAAAGGGGAGGGGCAGUCGGGUAAGACUAACGGGGAAUGGGGCGUCGGGUAAGACUAACGGGGAAGGGUGCGUCGGGUAAGACUACGGGAAAGGGGCGUCGGGUAGACUAACGGGGAAGGGGCGUCGGGUAAGACUAAAACGGGAAGGGGCGUCGGGUAAGACUAAACGGGGAAAGGGGCCUCGGUAAGACUAACGGGAAAGGGGCGUCGGGUAAGACUAACGGGAAAGGGGCGUCGGGUAGACUAAACGGGAAAGGGGCGUCGGGUAAGACUAACGGGAAGAAGGGGCGUCGGGUAAGACUAACGGGUAAGGGGCGUCGGGUAAAGACUAAAAACGGGAAGGUAGGAAGGGUGGUCGUCGGUAAGAAACUAACUUGGAAAGGGGCGUCGGGUAAGACUACACGGGGAAGGGGGUCGGGUAAGACGAACGGGAAAGGGCGUCGGGUAAGACUAAACCGGGGAAGGGGCGUCGGGUUACGAACUAACGGGGAAGGGGCCUCGGGUAAGACUAACGGGGAAGGGGCGUCGGGUAAGACUAAAAACGGGAAGGGGCGUCGGGUAAGACUAAAGGGGAAGUGGGCGUCGGGUAAGACUAAAACGUGGAAGGGGGCGCGGUAAGACUAACGGGAAGGGGCGUCGGGUAAGCACUGAACGGGGAAGGGGGCGUCGGAGUAAGGACUAAAGGGGAAAGGGAAGGGUCGUCGGGUAGACCUAAAGGGGAAGGGGGCGUUCGGGUAAUAAGACUAACGGGAAAGGGGCGUCGUGGUAAGACUCACGGGAAAGGGGCCUCGUGUAAGACGAAAGGGGAAGGGGCGUCGGGUAAGACUAACGGGGAAGGGGCGUCGGGUAAGACUAACGGGGAAGGGGCGUCGGGUAAGACUAACGGGAAAGGGGCGUCGGGUAAGACUAACGGGGAAGGGGCGUCGGGUAAGACUAACGGGGAAGGGGCCUCGGGUAAGACUAACGGGAAAGGGGCGUCGGGUAAGACUAACGGGAAAGGGGCGUCGGGUAAGACUAACGGGAAAGGGGCGUCGGGUAAGACUAACGGGAAAGGGGCGUCGGGUAAGACUAACGGGGAAGGGGCGUCGGGUAAGACUAACGGGGAAGGGGCGUCGGGUAAGACUAACGGGGAAGGGGCGUCGGGUAAGACUAACGGGACAGCGGCCUCGGGUAAGACUAAAGGGGAAGGGGCGUCGGGUUAAGACUAAGGGACAGCGCCUCGGGUAAGAGGACUACAAGGGGAAGGGGCGUCGGGUAAGACUAAAGGGGAAGGGGCGUCGGGUAAGACUAAAGGGGAAGGGGCGUCGGGUAAGACUAAAGGGGAAGGGGCGUCGGGUAAGACUAAAGGGGAAGGGGCGUCGGGUAAGACUAAAGGGGAAGGGGCGUCGGGUAAGACUAAAGGGGAAGGGGCGUCGGGUAAGACUAAAGGGAAGGGGCGUCGGGUAAGACUAAAGGGGAGGGGCGUCGGGUAAGACUAACGGGGGAAGGGGCGUCGGGUAAGACUAACGGGGAAAGGGGCGUCGGGUAAGACUAAAGGGGAAGGGGCGUCGGGUAAGACUAACGGGGAAGGGCGUCGGGUAAGACUAAAGGGGAAGGGGCUGUCGGGGUAAGACUAAAGGGGAAGGGGCGUCGGGUAAGACUAACGGGGAAGGGGCGUCGGGUAAGACUAAAGGGGAAGGGGCGUCGGGUAAGACUAAAGGGGAAGGGGCGUCGGGUAAGACUAACGGGGAAGGGGCGUCGGGGUAAGACUAAAGGGGAAGGGGCGUCGGGUAAGACUAACGGGGAAGGGGCGUCGGGUAAGACUAAACGGGGAAGGGGGGCGUCGGGUAAGACUAACGGGGAAGGGGCGUCGGGUAAGACUAACGGGGAAGGGGCGUCGGGUAAGACUAACGGGGAAGGGGCGUCGGGUAAGACUAAAGGGGAAGGGGCGUCGGGUAAGACUAAAGGGGAAGGGGCGUCGGGUAAGACUAAAGGGGAAGGGGCGUCGGGUAAGACUAAAGGGGAAGGGGCGUCGGGUAAGACUAACGGGGAAGGGGCGUCGGGUAAGACUAACGGGGAAGGGGCGUCGGGUAAGACUAAAGGGGAAGGGGCGUCGGGUAAGACUAAAGGGGAAGGGGCGCGUGACGGAAGGGGUGAAGACUAAAGGGGAAGGGGCGUCGGGUAAGACUAAGGAAGGGGCGUCGGGUAAGUAAGGGAGGGCGUCGGGUAAGACUAAAGGGGAAGGGGCGUCGGGUAAGACUAACGGGAAGGGGCGUCGGGUAAGACUAACGGGGAAGGGGCGUCGGGUAAGACUAAAGGGGAAGGGGCGUCGGGUAAGACUAAAGGGGAAGGGGCGUCGGGUAAGACUAAAGGGGAAGGGGCGUCGGGUAAGACUAAAGCGGGAAGGGGGGCGUCGGGUAAGACUAAACGGGGAAGGGGCGGGUAAGACUAAGGGAAGGGCGUCGGUAGACUAAAGGGGAAGGGGCGUGGGUAAACUAAGGGAAGGGGUCGGUAGUCGGGGUAGGGUGGUAAGACUAAAGGGAAGGGGCGUCGGGUAAGACUAAAGGGGAAGGGGCGUCGGGUAAGACUAAAGGGGAAGGGGCGUCGGGUAAGACUAAAGGGGAAGGGGCGUCGGGUAAGACUAAAGGGGAAGGGGCGUCGGGUAAGCUAAACGGGGAAGGGGCGUCGGGUAAGACUAACGGGGAAGGGGCGUCGGGUAAGACUAACGGGGAAGGGGCGUCGGGUAAGACUAAAGGGGAAGGGGCGUCGGGUAAGACUAAAGGGGAAGGGGCGUCGGGUAAGACUAAGGGGAAGGGGCGUCGGGUAAGACUAACGGGGAAGGGGCGUCGGUAAGACUAACGGGGAAGGGGCGUCGGGUAAGACUAAACGGGGAAGGGCGUCGGGUAAGACUAAAGGGGGGAAGGGGCGUCGGGUAAGACUAACGGGGAGGGGUCGGGUAAGACUAAGGGAGGGGCGUCGGGUAAGACUAAGGAAGGGGCGUCGGUAAGAUAACGGGGAAGGGGCGUCGGGUAGACUAAGGGAAGGGGGCGGUAGAUAACGGGGAAGGGGCGUCGGGUAAGACUAAGGGGAAGGGGCGUCGGGUGUAAGACUAAUAACGGGGAAGGGGCGUCGGGUAAGACUAACGGGGAAGGGGCGUCGGGUAAGACUAAACGGGGAAGGGGCGUCGGGUAAGACUAACGGGAAGGGGCGUCGGGUAAGACUAACGGGGAAGGGGCGUCGGGUAAGACUAACGGGGAAGGGGCGUCGGGUGAAGACAUAACGGGGAAGGGGCGUCGGGUAAGACUAACGGGGAAGGGGCGUCGGGUAAGACUAACUGGGGAAGGGGCGUCGGGUAAGACUAACGGGGAAGGGGCGUCGGGUAAGACUAAACGGGGAAGGGGCGUCGGGUAAGACUAAAGGGGAAGGGGCGUCGGGUAAGACUAACGGGGAAGGGGCGUCGGGUAAGACUAAACGGGGAAGGGGCGUCGGGUAAGACUAAGGGGAAGGGGCGUCGGGUAAGACUAACGGGGAAGGGCGUCGGGUAAGACUAAGGGAAGGGCGUCGGGUAAGACUAAACGGGGAAGGGGCGUCGGGUAAGACUAAAGGGGAAGGGGCGUCGGGUAAGACUAAACGGGGAAGGGGCGUCGGGUAAGACUAAAGGGGAAGGGGCGUCGGGUAAGACUAACGGGGAAGGGGCGUCGGGUAAGACUAAAGGGGAAGGGGCGUCGGGUAAGACUAAAGGGGAAGGGUCGGGAGAUAGGGAAGGGCGUCGGGUAAGACUAAAGGGGAAGGGGCGUCGGGUAAGACUAAACGGGGAAGGGGCGUCGGAGAUAGGGGAGGCUCGGUAAGACUAAAGGGGAAGGGGCGUCGGGUAAGACUAAAGGGGAAGGGGCGUCGGGUAAGACUAAAAGGGGAAGGGGCGUCGUGGUAAGACUAACGGGGAAGGGCGUCGGGUAAGACUAAAGGGGAAGGGGCGUCGGGUAAGACUAAAGGGGAAGGGGCGUCGGGUAAGACUAAAGGGGAAGGGGCGUCGGGUAAGACUAACGGGGAAGGGGCGUCGGGUAAGACUAAAGGGGAAGGGGCGUCGGGUAAGACUAAAGGGGAAGGGGCGUCGGGUAAGACUAAACGGGGAAGGGGCGUCGGGUAAGACUAAAGGGGAAGGGGCGUCGGGUAAGACUAAAGGGGAAGGGGCGUCGGGUAAGACUAAAGGGGAAGGGCGUCGGGUAAGACUAAAGGGGAAGGGGCGUCGGGUAAGACUAAAGGGGAAGGGGCGUCGGGUAAGACUAAAGGGGAAGGGGCGUCGGGUAAGACUAAAGGGGAAGGGGCGUCGGGUAAGACUAAAGGGGAAGGGGCGUCGGGUAAGACUAAAGGGGAAGGGGCGUCGGGUAAGACUAAAGGGGAAGGGGCGUCGGGUAAGACUAAAGGGGAAGGGGCGUCGGGUAAGACUAAAGGGAAGGGGCGUCGGGUAAGACUAAAGGGGAAGGGGCGUCGGGUAAGACUAAAGGGGAAGGGCGUCGGGUAA